CUGUUUUAACUGUGUUACUUUCAAGUCAACGAAGAAGUCGUUUUUACGUCGCACAAGUUUGACGUCAUUGAGCUUCACGUGUGGACCGUGGGCUAUCACAACAUUUAGCUUGUUUACGAACGAAUAUUACACGUUCAUUCUUCAUCUUUAGAUAGCGACCCACAUACUAGGACAACCAUGACCUCCAGCUGUCGACGACCUGAACACACAGCUCCUCCAGACGUGUACUACAAUGAAGCCGAGGCAAAGAAAUACUCUCAGAACUCCCGAAUGAUUGAGAUCCAGACCCAGAUGUCAGAGAGAGCUGUAGAGCUUCUGAACCUGCCGGAGGGACAGCCGUGUUUCCUGCUAGACGUGGGGUGCGGCUCUGGUCUAAGUGGAGACUACCUGUCAGAGGAGGGACACUUUUGGGUCGGGGUUGACAUCAGCACUGCAAUGCUGGAUGUUGCACUGGACAGAGAAGUAGAGGGAGACCUUUUAGUGGGGGACAUGGGUCACGGGAUGCCUUUCAGACCCGGGACCUUUGACGGUUGCAUCAGCAUCUCCGCUCUGCAGUGGCUCUGUAAUGCCGACAAGAGGACACAUAGUCCACCUAAAAGACUGUACACUUUCUUUAGUACUCUCUACUCUUCUUUGUCUAGAGGCUCACGUGCAGUUUUUCAGCUUUAUCCAGAGAACUCGGAACAGCUUGAGCUGAUCACAACGCAGGCCAUGCGGGCAGGCUUCGGUGGAGGCAUGGUGGUGGAUUACCCCAACAGCAGCAAGGCUAAAAAGUUCUUCCUGUGUCUGUUUGCCGGAGUAACAGGAGUCCUUCCCAAAGGAUUGGGAACAGAAACCUCAGACAGAGGUGUACCAAACCAGGUCCAGUAUUCAGGACAAAGAUGUCGGUUCAAAAACAUGAAGGGGAAAUCGGUGAAGAAAGGACGAGAUUGGAUCGUUGAGAAGAAGGAGAGGAGGAGAAGGCAGGGACGGGAGGUUCGAGCCGACACAAAAUACACCGGACGUCACAGAAGACCCCAUUUCUGAGUGACUCAUACAGCUGUGCCUUCAUCAGCUCUGCACACAAUCUUCCCUCGAGUGAUUCAAACUCCUCAAUCCAAGUGAAAGAGAUGAAGUCGUAAAAUGCUAUAAUGGUCAAUCACUUUCUACGUUUGGUUGAGUGUGGCAGUUUGCUUCUCAAAAUAGGGGGAAGAUUGCACUCUCCAUGUGCAUUCAUCUUCAUGUUGGUCGGGGAGCAUGGACAGAAUUCAGUACUGCUUACAGUGGAGACAGAGUUGGCAUGGACUGCACCAAUUAUGUUUCAUAAAUAUAUAAAAUGCCUAAUCUUUUUCUGAUCAGUUUU